AUGGCUGAGGUCAGUCCACUUGCAGAGCUCUUGGGGCAAGCGCUGUACCAAUACACACUCAUCAAGCCGCUUUUGCCUACUUACGGACAUGUGGUCCUAGCAGCUCUCUUUCCGCUGUUUAUUGGAGCUCAUGCAUCACUCUCAAGGCCAAAUUCCGCCGCCAAACCGCCCAAACAGUCUGACAAAGAUGCCAAGGACUCAGAGGAUGAUGAAGAAGAGGAAGAACCCCAGAAUGAUCAACAGAAAAUGGAAGGACUCGCACCAAGCGAUGCUCUGAUGUUUCCUUUGACUGCUGGUGCUACCCUUGGUGGCCUUUACUUGGUGAUUAAGUAUGCGGGAGCCGACCUUCUGAAUAAAGUACUUGGUUUCUACUUCUCGCAAAUGGGCAUCCUCUUCGCCAUGGCAUUUGUGAAAGACACGCUCUCAGUCUUCAGAUCUUUCAUAUUUCCGCGCAAGUACACACGCCAUGGGCGAACCUGGAAACCAAAGCAGUCUGAACGCGUCUUCGAAGUUGUGACUACCUCGGAGCCAGCUGAUACACGCCAAUCGCCUCUACCUGGGAUCUUCGGCUCCAUCCCAUUGCCUAACUUGAUUCUGAAGACACUCUGGCUCUUCCGUGGGAUGCUGUACUGGCGAGCAAAGCUUCGUGUUCAUGUACACCGUGUUGUCCAUUUGGAGUGCUCAUUCGGCGCGCUGGAAAUCCUGAGUGGCGUCCUGUCAAUACCAACAGUGGCCUACUUCACAUUCGUCUCGAACCCAUGGUGGCUAACCAACUUCCUCGGAUUCUCGUUCUCCUAUGGUACUCUUCAGUUGAUGUCGCCAUCCACUUUCGUCACCGGCUCUCUUAUUCUUGGUUCGCUGUUCUUCUACGACAUCUACUUUGUUUACUUCACCCCCUUGAUGGUGACCGUUGCGAAGAAGCUCGACGUCCCAAUUAAGCUCUUAUUCCCCCGCCCGCCUGCUCCAGGUGAGGCUCCUGAUACGGUCUCUCUGGCUAUGCUAGGACUAGGCGACAUUAUCAUACCCGGCAUGAUGGUGGGUCUGGCCCUUCGAUUUGACCUUUAUUUGUACUACAAGGCAAAGGGCAUGAUUAAGGCACGAUCAGAAGGUGAAGGCUCAGAAUUCGUCAAGCCAGUCUACCAGUCAGCAACGGGAGGAUGGGGUGAACGGUUCUGGGCACCAUCGGCUCGGCCAAACGAACCCGAGCUGGAGCCCCCUUAUCGCGACGCCCGCUCAUUUCCUAAGACAUACUUCAAAGCCAGCCUUGUUGGAUACACGAUUGGAAUGAUCACUACGCUUGCUGUCAUGCAAAUCUUCGACCACCCACAACCAGCCCUCUUAUAUCUCGUUCCUGGCGUGUUGAUCUCGCUAUGGGGUACUGCCUUGGUCAAGGGUCAGAUCAGCGAAAUGUGGGAAUUCACCGAUGUAGAAGAAGAAGAUGACAGUCAAGACGAGAAGGAUGGCAAAGAUCAGGAAGAUCGCGACGCUUCCCCAGGAAAGAGCCACGGCUUCUUUGCUCCCAUUUACUCCCUCUUCAACCAAAGCGCUGGAACCAAAAAAACCGAAAAGAAUCCCAAUGAGGAACAGAACACCUCCCAGGGGGAGUCCGAUGGUGAGACUGAGGAGAAGAAACCUAAGAACAAGACGAAGGCACAAUCUGGUGGCAGCGACGCGGACUCGAAGAACCUGGAUCUAUUCUCGAUCUCGAUUUACAUGCCUCGAAAGGCUGGACCGAAGGAGUCUCAAACAACAGAUGAGAAGGAAAUUCCAGGUCCGGCUCAAGAUGAAGAAGAUUGGUCUUACGUUCCGGUAUCUGAACCGGACAACGAGCCCCCUACAAAGAGACGACGACGGAGUCCACGACAUGCUGCUGCAACUUCUGAUUAG